CCCGGGGCUGCUGGGUGCUGGCAGGUGACCACCCGGGGCUGCGGGCUGCGGGCAGGGGGCAACCCGGGGCUGCUGGGUGCUGGCAGGUGACCACCCGGGGCUGCUGGGUGCUGGUAGGUGACCACCCGGGGCUGCUGGGUGCUGGCAGGUGACCACCCAGGGCUGUGGGCUGCAGGCAGGUGACCACCCGGGGCUGCUGGGUGCGGGCAGGUGACCACCCGGGGCUGCUGGGUGCGGGCAGCAUGCUGCGGCGGGUGGCGGCCGGGUGCGCCCGGGCUCUGGGCACGGGCGGGGGCGCGCGUCCUGUCUCGGGGCUCAGCCCCCCGGGCCGCAGCGCCAGCAGCGGGUCCCCCGAUGCGUCCCGGAACCAGCCCCCCAGCUCCGAGUUCUUGGCUCGGCCGGUGGGCGUCUGCUCCAUGAUGCGGCUGCCGGUGCAAGCCUCCCCCGAGGGGCUGGACGCCGCCUUCGUCGGGGUGCCCCUGGACAUUGGGACCUCCAACCGGCCCGGGGCCAGAUUUGGCCCCCGGCGGAUCCGGGAAGAGUCAGUGCUGCUUCGGACAGCCAACCCUAGCACGGGGGCCCUCCCCUUCCAGUCCCUCAUGGUUGCAGACCUAGGCGACGUGAAUGUCAAUCUCUACAACCUUCAGGACAGCUGCCGUCUAAUUCGAGAGGCCUAUGAGAAAAUUGUAGCGGCUGGCUGUAUUCCCCUGACCUUGGGCGGAGAUCACACAAUCACAUAUCCUAUAUUGCAAGCGAUGGCAAAAAAGCAUGGCCCCGUGGGGCUGCUGCAUGUGGACGCCCACACGGACACGGCCGACAAGGCCCUGGGAGAGAAGGUCUAUCACGGGACGCCCUUCCGCCGGUGCGUGGACGAGGGCCUCCUGGACUGCGAGCGCGUGGUGCAGGUCGGCAUCCGGGGCUCCGCCACGACCUUGGAUCCCUACAGAUACAGCCGGAGCCAGGGCUUCCGGGUGGUCCUGGCCGAGGACUGCUGGAUGAAGUCGCUGGUCCCGCUGAUGGCAGACGUGAGGCGGCAGAUGGGGGGCAAGCCCCUUUAUAUCAGCUUUGACAUCGACGGCCUGGAUCCUGCCUACGCCCCAGGGACAGGAACACCUGAAAUUGCGGGGCUCACCCCGAGUCAGGGGCUGGAAAUCAUCCGGGGUUGUCAAGGCCUGAAUGUGGUGGGUUGUGACCUUGUGGAAGUUUCACCGCCCUACGAUCCUUUUGGAAACACGGCCCUCCUGGCUGCUAACCUGCUGUUUGAGAUGCUGUGUGCUCUCCCCAAAGUGACAGUCGUCUGAACCUCGGGCUCUUCGAGAUACAACAGGCUGUGUUGAUGACAGUUCUCAAGGAUUUAUGCGCAAGCUGAGUCCUAGGCAACUCUGAGUACUCAGGAGUUUAUUAUGCCAGUACAACUUUCUGCUGAGAAAUGUCCCUAGAGGCUGUAAAAUCAGGGCGUUCAGUAGAAUUCUAAUCCAACGGCUAAUAUUUCUGUGGGGUUUGAGUCAACUAUAAACAGAGAAGCACUUGUGCUGUUUUGAUGAGAUGGUGGAGGAUUGGGCGGGGCGGGGGUGGGGGGGCAGGGAGCCAAGGAGCAUUUGGUUCACGAAGAUGAUCUAAAAAUUGGAGAAAUGGAAUAAAAAAGCCCUGUGACAUAAUACUGUAUAAACAUCCUGUAUUUCUCUAGUUUCUUCCUUUACACUGUGGCUCCUCCUGAGGAACUCAGGGCUGCACCUGGGUUUUAGGACCACUGUGAACAUAGAAAGUUUGAAUGAAAGUAACUUGCAGAUCCUAAUAAAGAAACUUGCCACUUAGAA